AUGCUUAUUCCAGCUGGAUAACGAUGGCUUUCGCAGAGUUUGCAGCGGGAUAAAUUAAGUGUUUUAAAACUAAGCAAUCAAUUCAAGACGUCCACCACGUCCCAUGAUGACGACCUGCCUUGUUCCUCCCGUGCCGUCGGCCCUCGUCUCAUUUCUCUCGUCGCUGCUUCCCCGCGGCUUCGCCAUCGGUCCUUCGCACCUCCGUGAGGGCAGGCUGGGUCUGUGGUGGGUCGGACGCUCGCUGGAGGCCGGAGCCCUGCUGGGGGGAGACGGGGACACUGAGUGGGCCUCCCAGUACCACGCUGACCCGAUGAUUCACAGACAGGACGAUGAACUCACAGCGACCUCUGAGUUCGAAACGGGUCAGACCAGCAGCACAGAGGAAGAAAAGGUAAAAGUCAGUACUGAUAGUGCAGAUUUUCGGCCCGUUUGGACUCAGUAUGUGUUUGUUUAUUUGCCCCCUAGCUUUGCCUGCCAGGCGCGAAGCCGAGCCCAGCAGAACGUGGCAGUGCAGUGUGCGUGUGUGUCGGUGUGUGUGGGCGAGUGUGCAGAUGUGUGUCUCAGUGUGCGUCGAGACAUCCAGCCGGGAACUGAGCUGCUGCUGUACGAUGACACUGUGGGAAAACGUCACACAACAGACAAACCACAAGCACAAGAACACACAGAAGACGAGAUGGAGCCAACGAAAGGCCCAGAGACUGAAGUUACUGACAUGUCCAUCAUUCAGGAGAAGGAAGAGAAACAGAAGGAGAACAAGGAGGAGGAGCAGCACAGAAACCUGAACAGAUGCAUCAAGAGGAGUCGCUCGGCUGCACACAGGAAGAAGAGGAAAGCCGAGGUGAAUCCGGACAGCAGCACCGACGGCUCAGCAGCUAAUAAAGACUCAGCAGAAAGCGUCCUGGCUGCCGUGGACUCUGAAACCGGCCUCCCUGCACCUCCUCCAGUCCGCUGCAGCUCCCGUCUGGCUGCUAAACCUCGACGGGUUCACUGUCUGACCAACCGGGCCAAGAGGCCUCCGUCCAGUCCCGACUCACCCAAACAGGUCGAGGGAGAAACCGCCGACAGCACCAAGGUUUCCACAAACACACUCCAGCCUGAUCCUGAGGCAGUCACAGCGCCGGGUUCUGUCGGGGUGGCGCCAACAUGGCAUCCAGAGGUCAGAGAGAGGCGGUACAGAUGUUCCAGCUGCGGUAAGAAGUUCUACCAGAUCGGACACCUGAAGAAGCACCAGUUCAGCCACACGGACGAGAAACCCUUCAGCUGUCAGGAGUGUGGGAAAAGCUACACGUCGGCAGAAAGCUUCAGAGCCCAUCAGAUGAACCACCGAGGGGAGCGUCCGUUCUCCUGCCCUCACUGUGAGAAGUCAUACGGCCUAAAGCGAGACCUGAAGGAGCACAUGGUCCUCCACACCGGAGAGAAACCCUACACCUGCGAACACUGUGGGAAAGCCUUCGCUCGCCGCCCCUCGCUGCGCAUCCACCGCAUGCUUCACUGCAGCAGAAUGAUUUACACGCAGCCUCCAAAGCUCCAGUGUACAGUUUGCCCCAAGCUGCUGGCCAACUCCGGCUCGCUAAGGAACCACAUGAGGCUCCACACUGGGGAAAAACCUCACAUCUGUCAGCACUGCGGGAAGAGAUUCAGCCAGAAAGGGAACCUCGAGUGCCAUUUGAGGAUCCACAACGGGGACAAACCGUUUCCCUGCUCCGAGUGCGACCAGACCUUCUCUCAGAAACCAGAGCUCAGCCGCCACAUGUUCUCCCACACCGGAGGAGGUUUCCUCUGCAGCUACUGUGGGAAGUCGCUGAGGGACCCGCACAGCCUUAAGUCCCACGAGAGGCUGCACACUGGAGAAAGACCCCAUCGCUGCCCCAUCUGUGGGAAAGGCUACACGUUGGCCACCAAGCUGAGGAGGCACGUGAGGUCGUCCCACCUCAAAGAGAAACCCUACAGCUGCCACUGUGGCGCUUCUUACACUGUAAGACAAAGUCUACUGAGACACCAAGCGCAGCACAGGACAGAGGGAGGAACUCAGAGGGAGGUGGAGGUGGAGGGGGGACGCAAGGAGGAGAGCAGCAACAUGGAGGUGGCGCCGGAGUUAGCUUACAGUCACCCGAAGCCGAUCAGAGGAAGACCCAAGAAGAACUCGCUUCCUCAAGAGGAAGUGGAGAAGGAAGGACGUGAAGUGAGGCGGAGAAGAGGUCGAGGGAAAGGGGAGGAGAAGUGUAAAACGGGCGAGACUCCCAGAGACGAAGAUGUCUCGGCUAACGUCCAACACGCCGUCGUGUACGUCCACACGGAUGACCUGUCCACGCCGAGCUCCGCCCCUCUGCUGCUCACCUCGGAGGCCUCGCUGCCUGCGGGGACGGGGCAGGAGCUGGUGGAGGUGGUGAUAUCGGAAAGCGCAGAGCAGUGCAUUGUGGUCCACGGGCAGUCGGCGGUGGGGGAGCUGCUGAUCCUACAGGAGGAGGGGCUCUGCUCGGUGGCUCAGACGGUCGAGAUAAACACAGUGUAGCCUGAAGUCCUGGUUUAACGACGUUUUCACCGUCGAUGCAUCUCAGUUAACUUUGUAAUCAACGGUUUUUUAUUUCUCACCUUCAUCACACAACCUCGUCUACGUUUUUUUUCAGUUUCUUAAUAUUUACCAGAUUGCCUUUGAACAACCUCUACGGAGCAGAUGGGAAGUCAUUAGACAUGAUUAGCUGCUGGUUACACAUAAAGGAAUGGAGAGAAAUGCCAAUAACAGCUGCUGUACGUGUCACUCAAGAAUACAAGAGGGAAAACUGGUCUGUCUUCAGCUUGAGCCCUGAGCUUCUCCCCGUUGUGACUGUAGCACUGUUUGAUUCUGAGCAGCUGACACACAAAACUGACAUGUACUGUUGAUUCAGCCACGUAAGCUGUCGGCUUCCAUUGAAGUUGCAACAGAAAUGCCUCGGCUUGACAUCAGGUCUUCUGCAUUUAGUCAGUUAUUCCCCGGAGAUAAAAGAAACAAAUGGAAAAAGCAAAACACAUUCAGAAAUCCAACCUACUGUACGUGAGUCUCAGGCCGCAUGUGAAUUCCUUGCACUCCCACACAGGUGUUUUCACUUAAUCUCUUCAGACCUCUGCCCAAGUUGAAGGUGGUAGCGAGCCUCCAUGGAUUCAACAAGGUUUAAAGUCCCACCUUAACAUGAACUCGGUGCUCCCACGCAGUCCUGAGAGGUCUGAUAGAAUAAUUCAGAUAGCCUGCAGGUUUACCACAGACUGCACAUAAAAGAUGAAUGUUGCCGCCAUGACGUCAGCCACUGCUUUGUGAACAAGCCUCAAAAUUUGUCCAUGUUGGUGCUGUGAAAGUGGAAGUGACGGGAGAGCAACGACUUGUUUUGUCGUCUAUUUCCCUCCUGAUUGAACCAUGAUGCUGUGCUGAAAGGAACUAACGACUGAGAACAUAAACUCAUUAGAGCAUUUUUUAAUGAGCUCACUAGAAUUCUACACAAUCCAACUCCUUUCAGCCACCGGAGGCGUCGCCCCCUGCUGGCUGUUAGUAAGAAUGCAGGUUUAAGUCACUUUUAUUUUCAGAGCCAGAGUCUCUUAUGUACAGGCUCUGGUUGCAAAUGGACUUUUAAACUGUUUUCUUAGGGGGGGAAAAAGCACAAUGGUCAAUAUUCUAUGUGUUAAUGAGGUUGAUGCUUGAUGUUUACAGUAUGUGGGAUCAGUUUCAUCAGUCACACGGUCAUAGAUCACAGUUCUGCUUCACAUGGGCUUGAUAUCGACACAACAACAGUGUCUGGAGGCCUUUAGCUGCUAUGAAAGUCUCUGUCAUGGUGCCUCAUUGUUAGCUAAACCCAUGCACAUUUUAAAUCUUAGCCAGUCAGGGCUAGUUUCUUCACCGGUGAUCAACUUUGCUAUUAAUUAGAAAUCAUUUUAUUUUUCUGCCUUAACAGCUUAUAUAACGUUAAUCCUCUAAAUGAUGAUUAACAGCAAUUAAUCAGGUUUUCAUCAACACCUUUUCUUGCUAGUCAUGUAUGAAAUCAGAAAAGUCAUUUUUGUUUUGCUGUUUCCUGAUGGAUCAGCAACUGAAAAGACAACCGACGGUCAAGAUCUGGUACGACGUUUGGCCGUAUCCAAGGCAAAACUGCAUAUUUAAGAAAACAUACUGUAAUUAAGAUGUAAAAUAAUUCUUAAAUAUCAGCUCAUAUCUUGGAUUUGGAGUUUAUUUAAGCCUGUAAGUAAAAAAAAUCACUGGAUGUAACCGAGCCUGCAUUUUAACAUUUAACUGUCUUGCCGUCUUUUCAGGCGACCUCAGAUCAAAUUAAUAUUUUUGUGCUCAACGAAGCGCUCACUGCAGCACAGAUUUCACAUUACGUCCAACAUGUUCCAAGCAGUUUAGCAGCGAGCGGUCUGACUGACGUCAAGAAGCUGAAUGACCGAUAAGCUUCAUUCAGCGUGCGCUCGCUUCUCGAGAAACUGUUUUCUUGGUCAUUUGCAUCCAUAUAAAGCUGGUAUGACAGAUGGGGAUCACGCUCCAGCAAGAUCCUCUCUGGGACAAUCUUCUUUAAAACAUUCAGUGAUGUGCCACCGUUUCACAGAGUUUACAUGUUUAGAUUCUUAUCCGAACAGGCCCGGAAUCAUGCUGCAGCUUGACAAUGAGUCAAACUGUCGAUAUCUGCUUCGUAGCGUUAAAAACGUUGAAAGUUAAGCUGCUGCAUUCAACUGAAAUAGAUGCACAGGUGUCCCUAAUCAAGAGACUUGUUUUUGCACAGUGAAGACACGGAGCUAGAGAACGGCUGCUUCUGUUUUGAAACAAAUGGGUUGUUGAAGGUUGGAGAGAUGUCCGAGCGCUCACGUGUUCUCGGGUUUUAAGGCACUCACCAUGUAAUUGCAGCGUCUCCGGUUGGACGUCUGAAAGAGGACUAAUGUUGCAUGACAUCCCUCAUCUCUCCCCUGACCUCCCGUCGCCUUCCUGCCGUCUGCUCUCAAAGGAAAGGCUUCGUAAAACCGCUCGAGUUAGAAAGUCGUAAUAAAAGGCGUCAAAAAGAAGCUAAUGUAGGAUCGUACUGGUUCUGACCACAACAUUGGUUCAACAUAAAACCCAACUGUUUGCAGACUUUGUCACGUUUUUGUGUCGUUGAUUGAUUUUUAAAUGAAUGAGACGAACAUUUUCUACAGCCAGUAACCCUUAAUGACAAACUCUGAAACAUGUUUUUGGAAGUUUUGUGGGGUCUUUUGUUUGUUUUUUAAUCUUAUUAAAUCUACGAAAGUCAACACUCUUCUGUGGCACACCAAAUGUAGUCGGUUGCAUUUUGUUUGCUUCAGUAAUCCGUGUGUUUGGAGUCUCACCUGUGACAAUUUGAUUUGAUUAGGUUUAGAAAGACACACAGCAGCUCACGUUAGCACAAAAGAAAAAGACAAACAAGCUAUGAAGUCCAUGAACUCUCUGCAGACGAAGCACAGAUCAGGAUGAAGGUAUGAAACCAUUUCUAAAGCUUUGAGUGUUCAGGAGCAAAGUGGCCUCAGUAACUGUGAACUGGAAGACGUUUGGAAACACCACAACUGUAUUUGUAGAGUCGACCAUCUGUACAAACUAACUUGAACAGAGCUUCAGAAGUCCUCUGGAAGGAAUCAGGCCUUAAUGGAAGGGCAGCUACUCUGAGGUGGAUGGAGCCUGUUUGGGGUUUUUCAAACUGCAUUCUGAGGUACAACAUUUCUAUCUUUAGGCUGAAAUCCAAACCUUAUGUGUGUUGAGCAGCAGGCACUGUUCAUCUUCUGCUAACACCAUCCCUGAAGCAAAGCAUGGAGGUGGCAGCAUCAAUCUGACAACCUACCUACUGGGACGAACCAGAUCUUUUUCCUGACAUACUCUCUACACAUUGUUGUUAUGUUGUGCUGUUGGGAGAGGAUCAGUGGUUGGAAAUGGCAGAUUUAUUAUUUUUUAACACUGUGAAGCAAAAGGGGGUCGGUAUGGUUUCUGAAGUGAACGUCUAGAGCUGCAACAAUUAAUCGAUUGAUCGUCAAAUUUUAAAUUAACUGCUUUGAUAAUUGCGGCAAGAAUUGCAGCUACAUGAAUGUGAUGAUUCUCUGCUUCCUCUCUUCUUCUGUGACAGUACACUCGGGUUGUGGAUUGAUUUUAUUGAUCCAACAGCUAACUGAUAAAUUGAGAGAAUAAUCCACUUAUUAAUGGAGAAUGAAAAUAACUGUUAGUUUCAGCACUAAUAAUGGGAAAGCAAGUAUUUAAAUCAGUUUUAUGAGUGAUUAAGUGUCGAUUCCUUUAAACGUCACCAACCAUUAAACGACCUGUGAUCAAUCCUGCUGUCAUAUCUGAACCACAUAUUUCUAAACUUCUAUAGAUGCCAACAGGCCAGAAUACUUCAGAGUUCUUGCAAAUCAUGUGUAUGUUCAAUUUAGGGAGAAUAAACCUUUUAAUUUUGUAAAACCAAAUCACUUCUGUGGUUUUGUUUUCCAGCAGAUGAAUAAAAAUACGACAACAUGUCCAGUUCUGCACCGACUCUA